AAAAGCAUGAUGUGAUCUGCCACCGUCGAGGUCGAAGUUAUGGCCUCUGCACCGCCGCUGUCGUCGUCGUUGUCGUAGCCGGAAUCCAACUGCUCGAUUAGGCACGUAUAGGUGUCGUCGCAGCUCAGACGCAAAUAUGCAGCUUGAGCAGAAGGAGCUUGAUAAGCUCGUCAUAUCCCAAUUAGGCCACUUAGCACAAAGGAGGCUGGCCAGAGGCGUCAAGUUGAACCAUGCUGAGGCAGCUGCGCUCAUAGCAAACAAUCUCCAGGAGGAAAGUCUGUCUCCCACCAUUGGGCAGCGUUUACUAACAGCCUUCAGCUUGUCCGUGAUGGCAAUCAUUCUGUUGCCGACCUUAUGCAAAUCGGCAAGACCAUGCUGGGAAGAAGACACGUCUUGCCGUCGGUGGUGAACUCGCUUGCUGAGUUGCAAAUUGAAGGCACAUUUCCCACCGGGACAUAUCUCGUCACAGUUCAUUAUCCAAUCAGCAGCGACGAUGGAGACCUUGAGAAGGCGCUGUACGGUAGUUUUCUGCCCAUACCUUCUCAGGAGAAGUUCCCUAUGCCAGACCCCUCCGAAUUCGAGCCCGAGAAGCAGCCUGGCGCAAUCAUCGCCGUCAAGGGCAGAAUCAGACUGAACGAAGGCCGCAAGAGGAUACAACUUAAGGUCGUCAGCAAGGGCGACAGACCAAUUCAAGUUGGAUCACACUACCAUUUCAUUGAGGUGAAUCCUCAACUCGAAUUCGAUCGCGUACGAGCACAUGGCUUCCGUUUGGAUAUUGCCGCUGGCACGUCUGUUCGAUUUGAGCCGGGAGACACGAAGACUGUGACUCUGGUACAGAUAGCUGGCAACCAAGUCAUCAAAGGUGGCAACUCCGUGGCCACCGGUUAUAUCGAAGACCUUUCCAUUGCGGACAGUAUCGUUCAGAAGCUUCAGGAAGGCGGAUUUGCCCAUGUGCCCGAGCCAGCCGGCGACCUGGGUCACAUUGAUGGCGCCAGUCUAGAUAGACAAGCCUAUGUGAGCAUGUACGGUCCAACAACUGGAGACCUUGUCAGACUCGGUGCUACAGAUCUGUGGAUUAAGGUGGAGAAGGACUUCACGCAGUACGGUGACGAAUGCGCUUUUGGUGGGGGGAAGACCCUUCGUGAAGGCAUGGGCCAGGCUGGUGGACGCUCAGAUGCCGAAUCUUUGGAUACAGUCAUCACGAAUGCAUUGAUUGUUGACUGGUCAGGCAUAUACAAAGCUGACAUUGGCAUCAAGAAUGGCUUGAUCAAAGGUAUCGGCAAGGCAGGCAAUCCUGACAUUAUGCAUGGAGUGGACAAAGACUUGAUUGUCGGAGUGAAUACAGAUGUCAUUGCUGGCGAAGGAAAGAUCGUCACAGCAGGAGGCUUUGACAGCCAUAUCCACUUCAUCUGUCCACAGCAGGCUUAUGAAGCAAUUGGCUCAGGCAUUACCACUAUGCUAGGCGGAGGCACGGGUCCUAGCACCGGUACAAACGCCACGACCUGCACGCCUGGAGCUACGCAUAUCAGACAAAUGCUGCAGGCUUGUGACGAGCUGCCUCUCAAUUUCGGUAUUACAGGUAAAGGCAACGAUAGUGAGAAGAAGCCCUUGCGGGAGCAAUGUGAAGCGGGCGUCGUUGGUCUCAAGCUCCACGAGGACUGGGGAAGUACGCCUGCGGCUAUCGACGCAUGUCUUAGCGUGUGCGACGAGUACGAUGUGCAGACUCUCAUCCACACUGACACGCUGAAUGAAUCCGGUUUUGUCGAACAGACUAUCAAAGCGAUCAAUGGCCGCGCUAUCCACACAUACCAUACCGAGGGGGCAGGCGGUGGCCACGCCCCUGACAUCAUCUCUGUGGUCGAGCAUCCAAAUGUACUACCCAGUUCUACAAACCCGACGAGACCGUAUACGCGCAACACUUUGGACGAGCAUCUGGACAUGCUGAUGGUUUGCCAUCACUUGUCAAAGAAUAUCCCGGAAGAUGUGGCCUUUGCUGAGUCUCGAAUCCGGGCGGAGACCAUCGCCGCAGAGGAUGUGCUGCAUGACUUGGGCGCAAUCAGCAUGAUGUCCUCCGACUCUCAGGCCAUGGGCCGCUGCGGCGAAGUCAUCCUCCGCACGUGGAAUACAGCACAUAAGAACAAGGUUCAACGUGGAUUCUUAAAAGAAGACGAAGGGACGGGAGCAGAUAACUUCAGGGUGAAGCGCUACAUCAGCAAGUACACUAUCAAUCCAGCCAUUGCUCAGGGCAUGAGCCACCUUAUCGGGAGCGUCGAGAUAGGCAAACUCGCCGAUCUUGUCGUCUGGGAGCCACGAAACUUUGGCGUCAAACCUAAGCUUGUGAUCAAGAGUGGCAUGAUCUCGUACGCGCAGAUGGGCGAUCCGAACGCUUCGAUUCCGACCGUCGAACCAAUCAUCAUGCGUCCCAUGUUCGCGCCCAUGGUGCCCUCGACAAGCAUCACCUGGGUGUCCAAGGCGUCGUUGGACAACGGUUCGGUGAAGUCCUACAAUCUACGAAAGCGCGUUGAGGCCGUCAGAAACUGCAGAAAGAUCACCAAGAAGGAAAUGAAGUACAACGACGUCAUGCCGAAGAUGGAAGUGGAUCCCGAACGAUACAUCGUCAAAGCGGAUGGCAUGGUAUGCGCGGCGGAACCGGCAGAAUCGCUACCGCUUUCUCAAGCCUACUUUGUGUACUGAGGCCGCUGUAGCGUUGACGUGUCUUUUGCCGUUGGGCGGUUAUAUAUAAUCCACAUGUGAUGCGCGCGUGUAAACGAGCCAUUUUUCCUACAAAUAAGUGUUUCUUUCAGAUUGAGUAUACACAUUGGCGUCGACUAUACCACACAUGCCUCAUUUUUACAUCCGAAGAGAGCAUUCGAUAGUCACCUACAAAGCUUUACAACUCAGAGAUGCACAUGAAAGAAUGCAAAGAGUCGUCAUCGUCAUCAUGCUGUCCUAAUUUCAGGCUUUGCAAUGCGAACAAGCAAACGCCCAGAUCCAUGCGGCGCCCAAGC